AUGAUGAUGCUGUAUAUAGCCUUUCCGCCACCUCCCCAGCCAUCACCAGGAUUUCCACCUCAUAACUUCAGUUACCCUCCUCCACCCAAGCAACCGACUCCUGCAAGCCCCCCACCGGGGGAAGCACACGCGGCCGCAUAUGCCACGCAUCCCGGUAUGGCCAAUCCAUAUGGACCGAGCUCUGUAUCGCCUCCCCCGCAGCCGCCGAGCCACCAGUCGACGCCAUCUCAAUCUUCGCACAUGGCUGCGCAAGCCCAGCGGACAUCCGUCGGGCCGUCUCAGUUCGGCCAGUUCGUGAACUCAACUACCCAGGACGAUGUUGGGACAUUCAAUGGCGGAAGCUACAGGAUCAGCCACCGGGACUCGAAUUCCAUUCUCACGCUGCAGCUGGCGGUAGGAUGUCCGAUUGAAGCCAAGCCAGGAGUGAUGAUCGCAAUGUCGCACUCGAUCACACUAAGAGGAAGCAUCAAGUUCUCUCUGAAGAAGAUGUUUGUCGGCGGCGAGAUGUCAUUGUCCACAUACACCGGCCCCGGCGAGCUUCUGCUUGCGCCCUCAACUCUGGGUGAUAUCAUUGUGCUGCGCUUGUCCGGCUCGGACUCGUGGAAAGUCGGGAAAGACGCCUUCCUGGCCGCGACUAGUGGUAUCGCAAAGGACUAUCAAGCACAGGGGUUGGCGAAGGGUGUCUUCUCCGGAGAGGGAUUGUUCGUGUACAAGAUGUCUGGUGUCGGUCUCGUGUGGCUUCAGAGCUUCGGCGCUAUCAUCAAGAAGGAUAUUGCCGACGGCGAAUCCUACUUCGUGGAUAACGGACAUCUUGUCGCCUGGAACUGCAAGUACAAGAUGGAGCGUGUCGCUUCAGGAGGUAUCAUUUCCAAUAUCGGUUCCGGCGAGGGUCUGGCAUGCCGCUUCACCGGCCCUGGAACCGUCUACCUGCAGACGAGGAACGUCACUGCGUUUGCCGCGCAUAUCGGAGCACAUACUGCCAGUAACUAG